UCAGCGACUACAACGACAUCAGUGCGUUGCUUGGUGGACGCACGUUAGUUGUUUUACAUUUGUAAUUUCUGUUGUGGCGUUGAGAAAAGAGACUCUUCGAAAAUAUGUCUUUAGCAGACGAGCUGCUCGCCGACUUGGAGGAGGCAGGAGAAGAAGGACCGUAUCCCGGUGAGGAAGGCGGUGAGAGUGAUGGGGAGGCCGGCGAGAGACAAGCCGAUGGGGGCCUGGAAGACAUACCAGAGGAGAUGGAGGUCGAUUACAGUGGGACGGAGAGUGUCACGUCCAUAGCAAAACUAAGACACAGCAAACAAUUUUCUGAAAUUGUAGACAAAAUUGGUCAAUAUGUUGGAAAUCAACGCAAGAAUUCAGAUGUGGCUGGACCUGUUGAAGCAGACCCGGAGUACAGACUCAUUGUCGCCGCCAACAACCUGACAGUGGAAAUAGACAAUGAGCUUAAUAUCAUUCACAAAUUUGUUCGUGACAAAUACUCCAAAAGGUUUCCAGAACUGGAGUCUCUUGUGCCAAACGCACUAGAUUAUAUCCGAACUGUAAAGGAGCUGGGCAACAACCUUGAGAAAUGCAAAAACAAUGAGACUCUCCAGCAGAUCCUGACCAAUGCCACUAUCAUGGUUGUCAGUGUCACAGCCUCAACUACACAAGGGAUUAUGCUCACCGAUGAUGAACUCCAGCGAUUGGAGGAGGCGUGUGACAUGGCCCUUGAGCUCAACCAAUCCAAACACAGGAUCUAUGAAUAUGUAGAAUCCAGGAUGUCGUUCAUCGCUCCUAAUCUUUCAAUCAUAGUUGGAGCAUCAACUGCUGCCAAGAUCAUGGGUGUUGCUGGUGGAUUGACUAAUCUGGCAAAGAUGCCUGCGUGCAAUCUCAUGCUGCUAGGAGCCCAGCGGAGAACUCUGUCUGGAUUCAGCAGCACUUCCCUUCUGCCUCACACGGGUUACAUCUACCACUGUGAUGUAGUACAGACUCUGCCUCCAGAUCUGAGGAGGAAAGCAGCGCGCCUGGUCUCCGCUAAAUGCACUCUGGCAUCUCGUGUGGACAGUUUCCAUGAGAGUGUAGAUGGCAAGGUCGGCUAUGAUCUGAAGGAGGAGAUCGAGAGAAAGUUUGAUAAAUGGCAGGAGCCCCCACCGGUCAAGCAGGUGAAGCCUCUUCCAGCACCCCUGGAUGGACAGAGAAAAAAGAGAGGAGGAAGGAGGUAUCGUAAGAUGAAGGAAAGGCUGGGUCUGACAGAGAUCAGGAAACACGCCAACAGAAUGACAUUCGCAGAGAUCGAGGAUGAUGCUUAUCAAGAGGAUCUGGGCUUCAGUCUCGGCCAGCUGGGAAAAUCUGGCAGCGGCAGGGUGAGACAAGCUCAGGUCAACGACUCGACCAAAGCCAGAAUAUCCAAAUCCUUACAGCGGACAUUGCAGAAACAGAGCAUGACGUAUGGUGGCAAAUCCACCGUCAGAGACCGAUCAUCUGGAACCAGUUCCAGUGUGGCAUUCACUCCUUUGCAGGGACUGGAGAUUGUGAAUCCACAGGCUGCAGAGAAGAAGGUGGCUGAAGCCAAUCAGAAAUAUUUCUCAAACAUGGCCGAGUUCCUUAAGGUCAAGCGAGAGAAAGAUGACAAGGUGUGAGGCGGCGUGUCAGACACAGGAAAGCACAUACUUCAACAUCCGUGGACAGAGUGAGACUUCAACUGCUAAUUUAUACUCUCACACACCCACUCUGUAGUGAGAUUGAGGACAG